UUUACAUUGUCCGCUCCCCUUCUCUCCGCUCCCCAUUGCUCUCUCCCUCGCCCGCCCGCCCGCCUCCCCGCGCGUCCGAGAAGCUUCGAAUCGCGAUCACCUCGGUCCCCGCGAGCGCCGAUGGUGGGCGCGCCCGCCAGCUGCUAGGGUUCCCGUUCCCACCUUUCGCCCGCUGAUUGGAACCGCAGGGUUUUUGCGAGCCUGGUGCCGCGGCGGCGAUUGAGAUGAACGGGGAGGUGGAAUGCAGCGUGUGCCACGCGAAGGUGCCAGUGCCGCCGGCGGUGUCGAAGGCGUACGACGGCCACCGGUCCACCGUGUCGUCUCGGCAGCGUGCGCUCAAUGUGCUCCUCGUCUCCGGAGACUGCGUGCUCGCUGGACUCCAGCCUAUAUUAGUGUACAUGUGUAAAGUGGACGGGAAAUUCAAAUUUAGCCCGAUCAGCGUGAACUUCUUGACAGAGAUUACAAAAAUUAUCUUUGCCGUCACCAUGCUAUUCUUCCAGGCUAGACGUCUAAAUGUGGGAGAGAAGCCACUUCUCACUGUGUCAACCUUUGUGCAGGCUGCUCGCAACAAUGUUCUUCUUGCAGUCCCUGCUCUUCUCUAUGCUAUCAACAACUACUUGAAGUUUAUAAUGCAGUUAUAUUUUAAUCCUGCAAGCGUGAAAAUGCUGGGUAAUCUCAAGGUUCUGGUAAUUGCUGUGCUUCUAAAGAUCAUAAUGAGGCGGCGUUUUUCCACAAUCCAGUGGGAGGCCCUUGCUCUUUUGUUAAUCGGAAUAUCAGUUAAUCAGCUAAAAUCAUUACCAGAAGGUUCUAGUGCUUUGGGUCUUCCUGUUGCAGCUGGAGCCUACCUAUAUACACUAUUUUUUGUAACAGUUCCUGCCUUGGCUUCAGUUUACAAUGAAAAGGCUUUGAAAAGCCAAUUUGAUACUAGUAUAUAUCUUCAGAACUUAUUUCUGUAUGGAUAUGGUGCAAUAUUCAAUUUCCUUGGGCUCGUGAUCAUUGCAAUCAUCCAAGGGCCCAGUAGCUUUAACAUUUUGGAAGGACAUUCAAAGGCUACAAUGUUUCUUAUCUGCAACAAUGCUGCACAGGGCAUACUAUCGUCAUUUUUCUUCAAAUAUGCAGAUACAAUUUUGAAGAAGUACUCGUCAACAAUUGCCACUAUCUUUACUGGAGUAGCCUCUGCUGUAUUGUUUGGUCAUACUUUGACUAUAAACUUUGUUCUUGGAAUAUCAAUAGUAAUUAUAUCUAUGCAUCAGUAUCUUUCUAACCAAAUUAAGGAUGAAGUGCCAACCAGCAAAAUUGAGAUGGCUGAUGCUCACGAUCGCAGAUUACAGGAACCUGUAUAUGUCAUCGCGACUGAUUCAAUGGCAAGCGAGGCUAAACACCGCCAUGGAUCUGACGAAAGGCAGCCUAUUCUCCCCGUCUGAUUUUACAGCGGAGUGUUGCCAGCUGAGGCGCUCUAUUUCCUCAACAAGAGCAGCACAUAUAUUACCAACUCUGCAUCCCCGUCAGAGUGGAAAAGAGAAUACCCUUAAUGCUUCUUUGACCUAAUGUCUCGGAAGCCGCAUUGCUGCCAUGCUGUUGGCGAAGGUACUGCAUAUCCGACGGCAGAAUGGUGAGCUUCCUAUAGAGUAAUGGAAGAGGCGAUACCUUAGCUUACUGGCGGUAAAACUGACAUGAUAAGGUUAGUGAGGAAUAAAAAAAAUCACCGUUUUUUCCUCUUUUGAGAGUUGAGAGUUGAGACAACCAUCGGCAGUGGUUCUAUCGAGUAGCAUUGUUGUUUUGUUACGGCAUCAAUGUAAAUAGCAGUUUGCUCCGUUUGCCUAUGCUAAGCAGAGAUUCCGUUCCUGUGUGUACAAGUUGCAUGAGGAGAUAUUGCGGCAUGUUUAGUACUUCGAAGUUUGCCUGUUUCUCUGAUUUUAUGGGAAAAAAUAAGGCUUCUCUUGACGAAUUA